AUGAAAACUCUUUGCAUCUUCAUUUUCCUUCUUACAAUCUCCUUCUCCUGGUUCUUCAUCUUCACAUCUCUCGUGCAACCAGACUAUUUCGUCGGAGGUGUCUACGAAAUUCAAGUCAUCAAUGGUUUCCGAAACAACUCAUCGCUUCCUCUUGUCAUUUGGUGCACUUCGGGCGAUCAAGAUGAUAUGGGUGGACGUGCCCUUCAAGAGGGUGAUGAUUUUGGUUGGAGAGUAAAAGCUGGAUUCUUGAGGGCUUCUAGCCAUUUCAUUUGUACCUUGAAGUGGGAUGACAAGAGGAAGAGGUUUGACGCGUUUAAGGUUGAACGCGACAGCCACCGCUGUGGGCCUUUAAGGAAGUGUUUCUGGUUGGUUAAGGAAGAUGGAUUUUAUUUUAGCAAUGAUGGUGAGAAUUGGAUGAAGGACUUCUCUUGGUCUUAAAUUGAACUGUUUUUUUUGUUAAGUUUGAUGAUCAUUUUGGGUAG